UAAAUCUGGAAUCAUCUGACACAUAGUAUACAGUCUUCCGCCAUCGAUCGUAUGUUUUGUUAUAAUAAUUAAAAAUAAUUGCAUAAGCUGUUCGACGAUGUACGUUAAAGUGAUGAUUAAAUAAUAGCAAACAAAUAUUUAUGUUUAGUACCAAUAAAUUCCGUUAAUUAUUAAUUAGUUUACGAUAACAAGCACUAUUGCACAUUACACGUUAAUAAAAUAGUAAACAUGACGACUGCAUUGUACUUAGAACAUUACUUGGACAGUUUAGAGCAUUUGCCGAUAGAAUUGCAGAGAAAUUUCGGGCUGAUGCGUGACUUAGACACCCGAGCGCAAGGGCUCAUGAAAGACAUUGAUAAACUUGCUGAUGAUUAUUUGAAAAAUAUUAAAAAAGACUCCAGUGAGAAAAAUGAAGGCCAGUUACUUCAUAUACAAAAUUUAUUUAGCAAAGCUAAAGAGUACGGCGAUGACAAAGUUCAAUUAGCGAUACAGACUUAUGAAUUAGUUGAUAAGCACAUUCGUAGACUAGACUCCGAUUUGGCGAGAUUCGAAGCUGAGAUCCAAGACAAGGCGCUUAAUAACAACCGAGUUGCUGAGGAGAGCGGUGCGAGUAAAAAAGGCAGGAAGAAAUCGUUGAAGGAAAAAGAAAAACGUAAGAAAGGCACUGCUGGUGCCAGCAGCGAGGACGAGUCUAAGAGUAUUAGGAAGAAGCAGAAGAAAGGUGGCUCUGUGUCUUCGGCUACGACAGGUGCUGUAGGAAGCGGCGCGCAGACCGAUGCCUCACUUGGUCAUCCAGCUGAUGUUCUAGACAUGCCUGUUGAUCCCAAUGAACCUACUUACUGUCUUUGUCAUCAAGUUUCUUAUGGUGAAAUGAUUGGAUGCGAUAAUCCUGAUUGCCCAAUCGAAUGGUUCCACUUUUCAUGUGUUGGAUUAACCACUAAACCCAAGGGUAAGUGGUACUGUCCGAAGUGUACUCAAGACCGUAAGAAAAAAUAACUUUUGUAAAUUAACAACAGUGUAACACACUUAUUAAUUUUCUAAAGUCUUCUCUCGGCAGGAUUGAUAAAUAAAUUAAAUUAAAUUAAAAACAACUCAUUUUGAUAAUG